AUGAUAAGUCUAAUAUCGUGGCUUUUCAACAAAACUAUUAAUCCUGUUUCGAUUAUCCCUCUUCUCCUCACGGAUAUUUAUAUUGCUGCAGGUGCUCCACCAGGUGUCAUCGAUGUCCUUUGUGCUUCACGAGAGGAUGCCUCAGGAAUGACGGAGCAUAUUGUUAACAACGAGCACAUCUGUAAAGUAGAUGUUAUAAACUCCCCAGCUGUGGAUAGGAUCAUCACUGCUACCUCUACCAAGUACCUGAAGCCAGUAAUAUCAGAACUCAGCAGCAAGUACCGCACCAUCACUCUUAGUAAUGUAGGUCUGGAGCACGCGGCAAAGAAAUACUCCUGGAGCACCAUGCUCCAUCAUAGUCAGAGACAGAUUACCAAGCUAUUCAUAAAUACUUUAACAGCCGCAGUGAAUACUCUUGACACACAAGGCAUCACUGGAACAGCAGUGUCAGAAGGCAUCACCCACCAUGCGCUGGACGUCCUCAAAGAGGCUAAGGCCAAGGAUCGAAAAUUCAUUAUUAACAACAUAACUUACAAGUCAGGGCAUCCCAACUCGCUCAUACCCGCUAAUAUUACAAUUAAUCCCGCAAGAACCCCGAGGAUCUGCACCUUAUUAAUAAGAAGACUUUCAGACCAAGCAUCAGUUUGUACAUAG